GCCACAGGCUCACACUAGCUGUAUAUAAGCACUAGUGAGUGGCCAAUUGGCCUCAUCACAUUCUACAGUCUCUCCCUCGUGAUUUGUGGUUUUGGUAUCCAUGUCUACCCAAGGUCAGGUCAUCACCUGCAAAGCUGCUGUUGCUUGGGAACCGAACAAGCCAUUGGUGAUUGAAGACGUGCAGGUAGCUCCGCCGCAAGCCGGUGAAGUCAGAGUCAAGAUUUUAUUCACAGCUCUAUGCCACACCGAUACUUAUACAUGGGGUGGCAAGGAUCCUGAAGGCCUUUUCCCAUGCAUUCUUGGUCAUGAAGCUGCUGGAAUAAUAGAAAGUGUGGGUGAAGGUGUGACUGAAGUUCAGACUGGAGACCAUGUUAUACCCUGUUACCAGGCAGAAUGUAGGGAAUGCAAAUUUUGUAAGUCAGGGAAGACAAAUCUAUGUGGUAAAAUUAGGGGGGCAACUGGAGUUGGGGUUAUGAUGAAUGAUCGCCAAAGUCGCUUUUCAAUUAAUGGAAAACCAAUCUAUCAUUUCAUGGGAACUUCUACGUUUAGCCAGUACACUGUUGUCCAUGAUGUUAGUGUUGCAAAGAUUGACCCAAUAGCUCCUCUGGAGAAAGUCUGCCUACUUGGUUGUGGUAUUCCAACUGGCCUUGGUGCAGUCUGGAACACCGCAAAAGUGGAACCUGGUUCCAUCGUUUGUAUUUUUGGCCUCGGCACUGUUGGCCUUGCAGUGGCAGAGGGUGCAAAAGCAGCUGGUGCUUCACGAAUAAUUGGCAUAGAUAUUGACAGCAAAAAGUUUGAUGUAGCAAAGAAUUUUGGUGUCACUGAAUUUAUCAAUCCAAAAGACCAUGAGAAACCAAUCCAGCAGGUUAUUGUUGAUCUUACGGACGGUGGUGUUGACUAUAGUUUCGAGUGCAUUGGAAAUGUAUCAAUAAUGAGGGCUGCUUUGGAGUGCUGUCAUAAGGGCUGGGGAACAUCAAUUAUUGUGGGUGUUGCAGCAUCUGGUCAAGAGAUAUUCACUCGUCCUUUUAUGUUGGUAACUGGUCGUGUCUGGAAAGGAACAGCUUUUGGUGGUUUCAAGAGCCGUUCACAAGUACCUUGGCUUGUGGAAAAGUAUAUGAAGAAGGAAAUCAAGGUUGAUGAAUAUAUCACCCACACUAUGACUCUAACGGAGAUCAAUGAGGCUUUUGAUCUGAUGCAUGAAGGAGGUUGCCUCCGUUGUGUGCUUAGUAUGCAUCCUUGAUCAUUUCAGUGCUAUCUUAGGGCUUUAUCAUGGACUUCGGCGCACCAUCAUUUUCUUUCAUUCCCUUUCAUGGAUAUGGAACAAAAUUUGUGGUGGAUGCUUUUGUGUGAACAAACUUGGGAUGGUUGUAUGUUACAAACACUGGUAUACUCGUGUUGGAGAAGGAUCUUGUGCUGUUUAUUGUGAUAAUUAAGUGGAAUUUCUCCAGGGUUUGGCUGGAGUUGCAGCUACUUCAUGUCAACAAUUUGUUUCCUGCAUCAAAUGCAUGGGAGACUGGUGAGUGCCUGCGUGUGAUGCUAAAAAUUUUCAUUAAUUGUGCCAAGUGUAG